GUGUUGAUAUCUUUCUAAUCAGUAAAUAACACAAAGCUAUAAUAAUAAAAUUUAUUAAAAUAAAUUAGGUUUUUAUCGCAAAGCUAUUUGUUAAGUGGUGUCGUUUUUGUUUUUAUAACAGUAUUACUAAUAAUGUAAAGAUGAGUAAUCCGGAAUCACCUAGUACUACGUCGACAAAACGUUCUUCAAAAGAAGACAUACCAUUAAUUAACAAACGACAACAUGAGAUUUCAUGGUUCGGUUGUUGGGUGCGUUUCUGGCAACGAUUUUGUGGUCCAAGAGAAAUUCGUUCACGUACAAUACAUCUUGGGAAACCAAAUUUGGAUAAAUAUGGACAAUUUCCUGCAAAUGCUAUUCGCAAUCAAAAAUAUAAUAUUAUCACAUUUUUACCAUUGGUUUUAUAUCAGCAAUUUAAAUUCUUUCUGAAUUUAUACUUUUUAAUAAUGGCAUGUAGUCAAUUUAUACCCGAUAUACGAAUUGGAUAUUUAUAUACUUAUUGGGGACCAUUGUGUUUUGUUCUCCUCGUAACAAUUUGUCGAGAGGCUGUAGAUGAUUUACGACGUCAUCGAAGAGAUCAAGAAGUCAAUAGUCAAAAAUAUCGUCGAUUAUUACAAAGUGCAGCAGGGGGCUCCGAGUUAGUUGCUGCCUCAAAACUACGUGUUGGUGAUAUUAUAAUUGUCGAUAAAGAUCAACGUGUACCCGCCGAUUUAGUAUUAUUACGUACUUCAGAACGUACAGGCGCUGUAUUUGUGCGAACAGAUCAAUUAGAUGGAGAAACUGAUUGGAAAUUACGACUUGCUGUACCAACUACCCAAAAAUUACCAUCAAAUGAUCAUUUAUUUCUUAUUCAAGCCAGCAUUUAUGCAGAAAAACCACAACGAGAUAUACAUUCUUUUAUUGGAACGUUUACUCGGCACGAUGCCAUGGGAGCAGAAGAAAGUUUGGAUGUUGAGAAUACAUUAUGGACAAAUUGUGUUAUUGCAUCUGGACAAGCGGUUGGGGUUGUAGUUUAUACAGGUCCUGAAACCAGAUCAGUAAUGAAUAAUUCUGCACCAAGAUCCAAAGUUGGUCUAUUAGACAUUGAAAUAAAUCAAUUGACGAAAGUAUUAUUUUGCGCAGUAGUUGGAUUAGCAUUUUUAAUGAUGAUAUUAAAAGGAUUUAGUGGACCUUGGUAUCGAUACUGGUUCCGAUUUGUGUUACUUUUCUCGUAUAUAAUUCCUAUAAGUUUGCGAGUAAAUUUGGAUAUGGGAAAAUCCUACUAUUCAUAUGCAAUUGGACACGAUCCAACAAUGCCUGGAACAACCGUUCGUUGUACAACGAUUCCUGAAGAACUUGGUCGAAUUUCUUAUUUAUUAACAGAUAAAACUGGAACCCUAACACAAAAUUCCAUGGUUCUUAAACGAUUACAUUUGGGAACUGUCAGUUAUAACCAAGAUAGUUUUGAAAUUGUAAAAAAUAUGUUAUCUGGAGCAUUUAAUCAAUCAGAGAAUGCUUUAACACCAGCCAGGUUGCGAAAAUCGGAGAAUACAAGGGUUAGGGAUGCUGUACAAGCGUUAGCUUUAUGUCAUAAUGUCACACCAAUUUAUGAAGAAUCAGACAAUGCUGAAACAUCAUCAGUUAUUUCUGAUACUGAAGCUGACCAACAUUUUCAACAGAAUAUGGCGGAACCACGUGAAUGUACAUAUCAGGCAUCAAGUCCUGAUGAAAUUGCUCUCGUUCAAUGGACACAACAAGUUGGAUUAGCACUUGUUAAUAGAGAUUUAGUUAGUAUGCAAUUAAGAGGCCCUGGAAACAGGAGUGCACGCUAUUCAAUUUUACAAGUAUUUCCAUUUACAAGCGAAACAAAAAGGAUGGGAAUUAUUGUCAAGGAUUUACAAAGUGGAGAAAUUUGUUUUUACUUAAAAGGCGCGGAUGUUGUUAUGUCAACCAUCGUUCAAUAUACGGAUUGGUUAGAUGAAGAAUGUGGCAAUAUGGCACGAGAAGGCUUAAGAACUUUAGUUGUAGCUCGAAAAAUUCUUACAGAAGAACAGUACUUAGAUUUUGAAGCUCGAUAUGAUGCUGCUCGAAUGACAGUAACUGAUCGGGUUGCAAGAGUAGCACAAGUUGUUGAAUCUUUAGAACGUGAAAUGGAACUUUUAUGUGUUACUGGUGUAGAAGAUAAACUUCAGGAUAAUGUACGACCAACUUUAGAAUUAUUACGAAAUGCUGGAAUUAAGAUAUGGAUGUUGACUGGUGAUAAACUAGAAACUGCUACAUGUAUUGCAAAAAGUUCUAGAUUAGUUUCAAGGACUCAAGGCCUGUACGUUUUAAAGAAAGUGGUUACUCGAACAGACGCCCAUUUGGAGUUAAAUGCUUUUCGAAGAAAAAGAGAUUGUGCUUUGGUUGUUAGCGGUGAAAGUUUAGAAGUUUGUUUAACUUACUAUCAACAAGAAUUCUUGGAAUUAGCAACAGCUGCUCCAGCAGUUGUUUGUUGCAGAUGUUCACCGACGCAAAAAGCACAAGUGGUUCAAUUAAUUCAAAAGCAUACCGGCAAACGAACAGCUGCAGUUGGUGAUGGAGGAAAUGAUGUUAGUAUGAUUCAACAAGCAGAUGCAGGAAUCGGUAUUGAAGGACGUGAAGGAAAACAAGCAAGUUUGGCUGGCGACUUCAGUAUACCACAAUUUUCAAUAUUGGCACAACUAUUAUUGGUUCAUGGUCGACAUUCUUAUAAACGUUCAGCAAGUUUAAGUCAAUUUGUUAUUCACAGAGGUUUAAUCAUUUCAACAAUGCAGGCUGUUUUUUCAAGCGUUUUUUAUUUAGCUAGUGUAUCAUUAUAUCAAGGAUUUUUAAUGGUGGGUUAUGCAACUUUUUAUACAUCAUUACCAGUUUUUAGUUUGGUUCUGGAUCAGGAUAUUAGUGCAGAUAUAGCACUUACUUAUCCUGAAUUAUAUAAAGAGCUAGCAAAAGGUCGAAGUUUAUCAUACAAAACAUUUUUUAUGUGGGUUCUUAUUUCGAUUUAUCAAGGUGGCGUCGUGAUGUAUGGUGCUUUAAUUUUAUUUGAAGACGAAUAUAUUCAUAUUGUUGCAAUUAGUUUUACGUCAUUGAUUUUAACUGAAUUAAUUAUGGUGGCGUUAACAAUUCGAACAUGGCAUUAUCUUAUGGUUUUAGCCGAAAUAUUUUCAUUAGGGCUGUAUGUUUUGUCAUUAAUUGUGUUACACGAUUAUUUCGAUUCGGAAUUUAUUCGUACAAAAGAUUUUCUAUGGAAAGUACUUUUAAUAACAUUAGUAUCAUGUCUACCAUUGUAUAUAUUAAAAUUCUUAAGGAAAAAGUUCUCACCGCCAAGUUAUAGUAAAUUAUCAUAAAUAUAUUUUGAUACAAAUACAAAAAGAAAACAAAAUAAUCUGGGAUAUAAUGAAAUGCAAGCGCUUCAUUACAAAACUCACAUACUCACACACAAGAACAUUGUUCCCAAUAAAAGAGUAAAAGUGUACUUCCUAAUAAUUAUCGUGGUAUUAGAAUAUAUAACUCAUA